GCGGAAUUUUCGGGGUGUGUGACGUCAUAUAAGAAACCGGAAGCAACCGGCUGGCCAAUAGUGAAUAAUAUCCUGUCGGGAUGGCGAGUAGUAAGUAAACAUUCGGAACUGUUUUGACAAGAACCUUAAAAAUUGACGAGUUUCAGAGAGCGGCCAUGAAGACGGUGUUUGUUACCGUCGGGACCACGAGCUUCGACGAGCUGAUCGAUCGCGUCACAUCCGCUGAGGCCCUGCAGGUGUUGAAGACCCGCGGGUAUGAGCGCUUGGUUCUUCAGGUCGGAAGAGGAGCUUCUCUUCCAGCUGCUGACAGCUGUGCUCUCCUCAGACUGGAGGCUUUUCGGUUCAAAGACUCGAUAGCAGAGGACAUGAGACAGGCUGACCUGGUCAUCAGCCAUGCAGGAGCAGGAAGUUGUCUAGAGGCUCUUGGCGCCGGCAAACCUCUGCUGGUUGUCGUCAAUGACAAACUGAUGAACAACCACCAACUGGAGCUGGCCCGGCAGCUGCGCACGGACAACCACCUGCUGUACUGCACGUGCAGCACCCUGACAGAAACACUCAGGAACAUGGACCUCUCUGUGCUGCAGCCCUUCCCGCCUGGACAACCAAAGAACUUUGCAAACUUUUUAGACAAAGCUCUCGGGGUGAAGUGAGACUCGUCCCUCGAGCCUGCUGAUUGUUUGUUACUCUUAAGUGUAAAAAUAAUAUAAUGAAUUGACUGCUGACUCUGCAGAGUGUUGUAUUUUUACACAAGAAAGUGUCUAACUUCAGAUUACUGUGUAUCUCUGUCAUUUAGAUAUUAAUUUUAGAUUUAUACAAUUGAAACUGAUGGCUUUGUGUCAAACAACAAUUAACUGAUUAUAAAACUAGCUCGUCCAUGUAAAGCUCAGGUUACAGGAUCAUUUAAAUAAUUCAACCUCCUUUUAUUAUAAAUAUGUGACUAGAGGUGGUAAAAGCAAUAAGCACGGAGAAAAAUAAAUGAAAAUAUGGAUUUAAUUUGAGAUUUGUUCAUGUUUGAGAUUAUGAAGUCACCAUCUAGCAAU